UUCCUGCAACAGUUUUUGUCCCAUUUUUUCUAACACAUUAACUUAAAUUAAUUAAUUUGUCAAUCAAAUGAAGUUAUCUAGUCGGUGUUUGGUUUUCUUUUGCUGAAAAUUCUCACUUGUGUAAAUUCCGUGUUUGAUAAUCUUUUUAUGACUUCACUAAAUUAAUUCCACUACCAAAAGAAGAAACAAAUCUGUGGCGAUUUUCUGUAAAAAGGGCUAAAUACCCAAAAACAGAAGAACAAGAACAGAAAUUUUGAGUAAUUUCCUGUAAAAUCAAUCAAUAUCUCAAAAUGGCAAAUGGGGAAGAAAAUGGUGGAGAAGAAUUAAGUUUAGAGUUCACUCCAACAUGGGUUGUUGCUGUUGUUUGUUUUAUCAUCAUAGCCAUUUCUCUUUUUGUUGAACGUUGUCUUCACUAUGGUGGCAAGUAUUUGAAGAGGAAAGAUCAAAAACCACUUUUUGAGGCAUUACAAAAAGUUAAAGAAGAAUUGAUGUUAUUGGGAUUUAUAUCCUUACUGCUAACAGUAUUGCAAGGGGCAAUAUCCAAAAUGUGUAUUCCUGAGAAAUUUGUUAGGCAUAUGCUUCCAUGUAGCCUUAAGGAUAAAGAAGAAUCUACUGGUUUAUCGACGACUGAACAUAUUGGUGGGUUCAGGCGGCUUCUUUCUGAGGCCGCGGGGUCUCAAGCUGCUUAUUGUGCCAAGAAGAAUAAAGUCCCCUUUUUAUCAAUCGAAGGGCUUCAUCAUCUGCAUAUCUUCAUCUUUGUUCUAGCAGUUGUUCAUUGUAGUUUCUCUGUCUUGACUGUUGUUUUUGGUGGAGCAAGAAUACACCAAUGGAAGCACUGGGAAGAUGCUAUUGCUAAAGAAAACUACGAUACCGAUCAGGCUUUAAAGCCCGCCGUCACCCAUGUUCAUGACCAUGCCUUUAUUCGUGAUCACUUUGUGGGUGUUGGUGAAAAAUCUUCUAUCUUGCGUUGGAUGCAUUCCUUCAUCAAACAAUUUUAUGGAGCAGUGACUAAAGCAGAUUACCUUACAAUACGCCUGGGUUUUAUCACGACACAUUGCAAAGGAAAUCGCAAGUUUAAUUUUCACAAGUACAUGAUUCGUGCGCUGGAAGAUGAUUUUAAGGUGGUUGUUGGUAUAAGCUGGUAUCUUUGGGUAUUUGUGAUCAUCUUCUUGUUGCUGAAUAUUGAUGGAUGGCAUACAUACUUCUGGAUAGCAUUUAUUCCUUUCGUUCUUCUCCUUGCCGUGGGAACGAAACUGGAGCAUGUCAUAACAAAGCUUGCUCAUGAAGUUGCUGAAAAACAUAUAGCCAUAGAAGGUGACCUUGUGGUUAAACCGUCUGAUGAGCAUUUCUGGUUUAAUCGGCCUCAAAUCACUCUCUUCUUGAUCCAUUUCAUUCUUUUCCAAAACGCAUUUGAGAUUGCUUAUUUCUUUUGGAUAUGGGUGCAAUAUGGUUUUGAUUCUUGUAUAAUGGGAGAAGUGCGCUAUAUUAUACCUAGACUCAUCAUAGGUGCUAUCAUCCAAGUUCUUUGUAGUUACAGCACUUUACCUCUGUACGCCAUUGUUACUCAGAUGGGAAGUAAUUUUAAAAAGGCGAUAUUUGAUGAACAUGUACAAGCGGGCAUCCUAGGGUGGCGCGAGAAGGUAAAGAAGAAGAAAGCUUUAAGAGGAGCAUUUAGCAGUAAAGCCGUUGGGAGAUCCACCGAGGGUUCUUCUUCAGUUAAUGGCUCUGCUAUUGUCGGGACAUCGUCUGAGGGUGCUACUACGAGAAUUCAGAUGGCAAACCUUGUUCAGAAGGAAAAUGAGGGGAACGAGAUUCAGCCAAGUAACACUUGAGUAAAUCACUGGUUAGUUUUUCGUGCAGCUAUCGAGAAGUGUAUAGCCUCCUGCAUUACCCUCUUUUCGAGAUGUAGUUUGGUUAAUUUAUAUGGCUUUCGGAAAUGAGGCGGUUGUUUUCACUAGUUAUAAUAUUGGCUAUAGGAAGUAAUGCAGAAAUAAUCUCGAUAACAUUACCAUAAUUUUUUACGCCUUGAUCAUCUCGGAUGAGGGAUGAGGGAUCUACCGCAGCCUGCAGCUGCAAUUUAUAUGUCUUAUAAAGGUGCAUUUGCUCUUUUAGAGGACUGUAUUUGUCCCAAAUGUGGGUUUGUGCAAUAAAAUGUAAUUUUACUUCAAUGUAUAGAAUAAGUUUGCCAAAUUAUGUUUGUUUUUUGACAUUUUACAAAUUUUUGGGUAAAUAAUGUGCUUGGUACCUGCAUUUGAAUACCAUUGUACUAUAAUUUUCUCAUCCAUCCAAUAAUUUUGAGUAUUUAUACU